AUGGAUCGUCAACUGAAAUCCCCCUUACUCAUCGAAUCCAUCGGUCCCUCCACAAAGCUAUCCCCAGAAGUGACCUACCAACAUCUCCUGAACUUCCUCGAGAAUUCUUCUUUCGGUUCAACUUCAUCGGGUGGUUUGAACGCAGUGAGCAAGAUCCAAUUGGAGCGCCUGACGGAUGCGUUGGGUGUAUCAAUAGGGAAGAUCGACAUGGCUGAGGAAGAACAGAGGGAGAUCCAACGAAGAGAGCUCAAAGAACAACGUAAAGCCGAGAGAAGGAAGAGGAGAGCUGAAGAGGAGGAAAAGAACAAUCAAAAUACGUUGGAAAAUAUGGUAGAAGGUUUAGAAGGAGAAGGGGAAGGGGAGAUGGAUAAUGGUGCGGUACAGUUUGGGGAUGAGGAGAAGAUGGAUGAUAGAGGGGAAGUUGAAUAUGGAGAUGUGGUUGAUGAAGAUGAGGAUGAACCGGAUAAUGAAGAUCAGAAUGGGAAUGGCAAUCAAGAUCAAGAUGUUGAUGAGAAGAUGGAAGAAUCUGACUAA